AUGCUGGUUCAGCGAGGACGCGCGUGCGCGCGCCAUGGCUGUCUCUUGCGCGCAUCGAAGGAGAUGACGCGGAUGACGUCAUUGCCACCAGUGUCUCGUUCUUUUCCCUCUUUUCAUAGAUUGUGUGCGGCAGCAGACGAGACAACGGCAAGCUAUAGGCCAUGGCACUUGAAGGGAAUCCACUCGCGGGGGUUCGCAGUGACGUCCGCGUCGACUGUGACCGGCGCUCGAUCGUUCGCCCACUCAAGUGGCAGUGCAACGGCGUUGGAAGAGGAGGAAGAAGACGAAGCAGCAGAAAAAAAGGGACAGGGGUGGAAACAAGGCCACGACAGGAAACAAGGCCACGACACUAAACAAGGCCACAACGACACACAGACGCGAGACACGAGACUCAUUCAAAAUGAACGACUUGAAGACGAGUACAUGACGCGGCUUGAAGAGGCACUGGACACUUCCAACGGAUCAGCUGCGCGGCGCACGGCGCUGGAUAUUUUCCACGAGAUCCAGCAGUCAAAAGGUCGAGGACUGUCGCUCGAGGUGGCGUCGUUCCUCGUGGAAGUCCUCGGCAUACGAAAUUGUGUUCCAGACUGCAUGAAAGUGCUGGCUUAUGCACGUGAGCAAGGUAUCCGUCCUCGCAUCCAGGCGUACUCGAGUGCAAUUGGCUGCUGCUACAGAGAAGAGCAGUUUGGCCACGCGCUGCGUGUGUUUGAAGUCAUGCGCAACGACGGGUACCUGCCACAGACGGUGACGUACUCGCACGCGCUGUCGUCCGCGCUCAAGUCUAAUCAGCACGAACUCGUGCUCGAGAUCUUUGACGAUAUGAUUAAGCACCGACUGGAGAUGAACAUCAUCAUUUACAAUAACAUUCUUAAUAGCUGUGCACGUGCUGCAGAUGUGCAUAGUGCAGUGGGUGUACUACGGGCUAUUCACGAGCAGCAGUUGACGAUGACGCAAUCGACGUACCAUUCACUUGCUAUCUGUGCGGGUAAGACAGGCAAGUGGGAGCUUGCGCUUGAUGCGAUGAAUAUGAUGCAGAAGAGUGGCUUUAAGCCGACAGCCACGAUCUAUAACUCGGUGUUUUCGGCAUGUGCCAAGGGCAAGCAGUGGGACACGGUCAUCGAGGUAUAUGAUUGUAUGCCUGAAGACCUUCGCGAGAGUUUGCGCGGUGUAUACUUGGGCUCUGUUGUCAUGGGUCACGCCAAGGCCGAGAGCGAGGAACUGAAACUGCGGGCAUUGGAGAUCUUUCAUAAGUACAAAGCUCGCCAGAGUGAAGACGAUCAGCCCAACUUCUUCGCAUACAACGCGGCGCUCAUUGCGCUGCUGGGGACUAAUCAACUGGAGAAGAUUCACCCUCUUGCCAACGAGAUGAAAAAGCAGGGGAUGAAAUGGGAUACGGUGACCUAUCAGUGCCUGAUUCUGGCUUACAUUCGAGGCGGUGCUGUUGAGACUGCUGUGCAAAUGCUGCAGAAGAAUGCAAAGCGCAUGGAAAAGACGACUGUGUGCUACCGCGAGGCUAUCGAAUUUUAUGAUGAGAAGCGCAAGAAUCCGCGCGAAGCGGUGCGACUUACGAUGCAGAUGAUGCAGAUGAACAAGCGACUGAGCCGCCUCGACUGGCACAACGCGCUGCGUAUCGCGCUGGAGCUACCCGAGCGAGCGCCGUACUGGAAUUUUCGCAAGUGGAUGAACAUACGUGCCAAGGGAAUUAUGAAGGACGUGCCUUCGCAUCUUAUGCUGCCCAAUCACGCCGAGCAACAACGUGCUCUCUUGCAUGAAGACGGGUCAAGCCAGGAGCCAUUCGAGCGGAAACACCACCAGGACAACUACCACUCGCGUAAGCGCCAGCUGAACCGCAGGAAGCCGAACGUCGAUGACGAAAAGUUCUUGUAA